CACAGUCCAUUUAGAAUAUGAGGAGCUCCUUUGUGGAUAACAUCUCUUUCUGAGGUCAUUGGGACGUAUCGAGUGCCGGCUGAUGAGAAGUUUAGCGUUCAUGUCGCGAGGUUGUACGUCUUCACGCGCAUGCUUCGUGUUUACUGGGUAGGGGGGCAACGGGCCAACGAGGAUGCUUUUCCAGUUUAACUAAAAGUCCUUCUUUCCGUAAACCGUCCCGCGUUGUGGACCAAUGACACCUUGAACCCUAUUACGUGGCUCAUACGGGGAUGGCGGUGCACUGGGGGGUUCUGCAGUGUGGCGUGGAACGCUGCUUGCCUUGGAUGAAGGCAGCGGCAAGCCACUGUUGUCUCCAGCGAAGUGUUGGUGCGGUCCGUCACGCAUCUGUCAGACGUUUUGUGCUUUUUGCGUCAUAUUCACAGACACGACCCGAGACUCAGCUUGCUGUAAAUCUCGGACGUGUCGUGAAGACUCCGAGAAUCCAUACCAGGGAUGGGGUGUCUCAAAGACGGGUCCCGUACCGGGUGGACAGCAACAGUCAGCGGAAGAUGCCGGUGCCGGGACAUUCUGACAGUCCGAGAGAGCGAAGUGUGAGCGUUUCGAAUAACUUCGCCGAUGGAAAUAUUUCAUGGAAGGAAUCGAAGCAACGCCUAGCCGACAGCGGCCUGAAAAUACAGAGCGCUACAGCGGGAACGACCCAUCAGCUGCCGUUCAGUUCAGCGUUUCCCCGCUCUAGUUACGUCUCAGCCCGUCCUCGCCAGCGUCUGUUUUUCUCCACUGGUAGUGCUGGUACUGCAGCAAGCACACCAGAUGUGAAAGACGCCAAGCGUUCUUCGUCCGAGGCAAGUCUUUCACCGAACUCACAGGCCGCCUUGAGCGAGAUCCGGAGCAACGUGGUCCGGGCGUCUGAAAAAGGAAAGGCGCUUGCUUCCGCCUCAAGUACCAGUGGCGGCACGGGCCGCCAGGUUAAAAAACAGCUUUCAAAAAAGGAGAUGAGGACGCUUGGCGGGCACCCAAGAAGGUUCAAGUUAAUGGGUGGCCGACCAGAGUUUCACCACGUUGACCGAAACAAGAAUGGACACAUCAUUGAGCCAACAGACAAAUUUCAGGUUGUCAUCACCACCAGCAAAAACAACGUCCACGCCCAAGUCGUCAACAAAUCCAGAGCAUACAGAACUAUUUUUGGAUCCUUCGCCGGAAAUGUCGGGAUUCGGAAGCAGGCGCAGCAGGGCACGCAGUGUGCGUACCGAAUCGGACAGAACAUUGCGCGGAAAUGCCGGCGGCUAGGAAUAUCUCAGGUGGAAAUCAAGUUUAGACGCAUCAUGCGAGUGAACCAACUUCUCCAGGCUUUCACUGCUCAUGGGCUGGGAGUCACUGCAAUUGCUCACGAGCCGAGAUUGCCCAAAUGCGGUCAAAAUGCGACGAAACCCAGAAAGAGAAGACGCGUGUGACUGACACGAAUGCAAGAGGCAGGCAAGGAUGUUUUGUGGACAGCCUUGAUCUGUCACUUUUUCGUCUUCCUACGUCAGGAACAGUCAUCUGCACGCGUAAGGGCCACGGCACGGAGCAUCUUUGGAAAACCACUCUGAGAAUUCAUGUGCCUAGUAUCUGGUGGACUUCCAGGGGUGGUGGAACGUCGUACUCUUCUGCAGUGACCAGUAAAUUUGUAGGGUGCAGCGAACUGAGAACAGAGCGUACAUGACUCUGCAGGUGACGCGAUGCGUGCAGUCCCCGUUCAAGUUGGAGGGAAUUUAGAGUGAACGUAGCUUGCGUUGUUUGCUACCUGAACAGAUGACUUUGAAUCAUACCCCUCGCUUGGUUGAGCGGCGAACACCGGAAAAAUUUGGGA